AUGUUUCAGCGAAGUCUUUCUCGCUUCUUUGCCCACCUCGUCCGCGAGGUGGACACGGCUGGGUUUGCCGGCGACUUCCGCUGCCUGCGCCACAUUGGUGCCCCAUCAACGCAAGCGAAGGCUAGGGAGGCGCGGAAUGCUGGAUGCAACGUGCUUUUCUGCGGCCACCACGGCACAGGCAAGCUGAACCUGCUAAAGGCAAUUGGCCUACAGUGCGAGAAGAAGGGGCAGCGGGUCGCCUUCGUCUCCGCAGACAACCAGCGGGCGGCGCGUCUGGAUGGGUUUCUAAUCAAUUUCUUCAUUGGGAUGCGUGUCAGCCGCGACGAGCUGCCCUCACAGGAGCAGCUGGAAGGCACUCUGGAGCGUCACGUGCGCCUCGUCGAGUCUACCUUUGCAAGCAGCCUGCCAAGCCUGUGCAAUGUGGAUGUGCUUAUACUCGAUGCGCUCGAGCGUGUACAGCCAACGGUGUUGCUCUCCAUGGACGCGGUGGCGCGGCGGUUGCGCGGGCAGCCGAACGCACCUUUUGGUGGGCUGCGUGUGUAUGCCGCGGCAGACUUUUGGCGGCUGCCUGUUCACCCCACCAGCGACACCGGCGGCUACCUCUUCCAGCUGGAGCAGUGGGAAGCGUUGUUUCCUCUGCAGACGCUGCUGAACACGUCCCACGUGCAGAAGGAAAAGGAGCUGCGGCGCCUAACCGAGCUGGCGUUCUAUGGUGCUCUGACGCUGCCGCACAUGAAGGAGUUGGAGGAGCUUUCGAUGAAAGAAAAGGCAGAGUCACGGCUCUUCUCCUGGUCGAGCUCCACGACGGAGGCUGAGACGGGUGCAGUGACUUCAGGGGAGGGCAACAGCGAAGAGGGUGAAAUCGAGGAGGAGGACGCAAUGAGCAUCGCCCAAUGGACACGCUAUGUGGACGAGGCAGCACCUACCGCACUGGAUGGGUCGGGAGAGGCGCUCAAAGCGACAAAGGAUAACGUGGUGGAAGCCGACGAUCCCGUGGCUGGUCUGGCAUCACCCUCUUCCUCUUCCUCCUCCUCUGCGCUGGCGCUGCUAAACGAUGACAUGGCGUCCAACUCGUUUGUUGCCACCCGCAUGAUGCUCCGCUUUCCUCGCCAGCCCGCUGUGAAGGAGAUGCCGCUGCGCUACCGCCAGCUCAAGCGAACAGAGAUGGGCAACUUCCUCGUGAACAUGCUUGUGCACUCUUCCUCGGCGGCAUCUCUAGGGUUGGUUGACGCUCUCAGCGUCGACGUUGGUAGUCGGGUGCACCUCCUGCUCGAUGGCCAGGAACACUAUGGAGUGCCUGGCGGCGCGGUGGGCGAGGUGAUGCAGGUGCGACCGCACUUCUUGUCCAUUCACUUCCCUCGUGAGCACCGCACUGUCGACAUCCCCCGGAUGCGUGUGGUGUGUUACCACCCCUUCUACCCAGAAAUUCGGUAUGAACUUCAGCAAUUCCCAGUUUUCCCGCGCAAGCGUGUGUGUCCGAUGAAUAUCAUCGCCUUCCCCCACACAUUCUUUGUCAACCUCAACGGUCGCCGCAUGGCAGACACGAACGACCUUGGCAACCUCCUCGCUCAUCAGCGCAGCUUUGCCGACUUUACCAUUCGCAGCACGUCGGACUUCGCCAACCUUGAUGGCAUGGUGCACGAGCCGACCCGCAUCUACUACCACAAGAUCAGCAAAAAGCCGAUUAGCGCCGCUAAGGAGCAGUGGUGUCGCAACUGCAAGCAGUUUGUGCCGACCAGCUCCUUCUUUGAGCAUUGGACAGCGUGCGUGCACUCGGUGCGCUGGUGCUGCGAUUGCAACCAGACCGUGCCCCUCGAGUUGCUGGGGCCGCACAGAGAGAAGCAUCAGGUUGUGCUCUGUUUGGACUGCGGCAGACCGGUGGAAUGGCGGCACUGGGAAGCUCACCGACUCUCCUGCGGACCCAUGAUGCGCGAAGUCAGCACGGACAAUCAAUUUAUCCCGCUGCGAACGCGUCAGCUGGCGUUGGAGAUGGGCCUUGACAAGCGCGACCUUCACACCGUGACUUCCAUCACCAAGAGCUGUUUGCCUAAGCCGAAGGAGGGAGUACUCUAA